UGUCCAAUCAGACGGCGAGGUUCUCUUUGUUGUUGGUGAUGACAUGAAAAUAUUUGUUGUUACUGGAAGGCGAGGGGAAAGAGUGGAAGGGAGGGCCGGUGACUACAGACUUUUUUCGGCAAUUAGAAAUUAAAUUAUAGCCUUAGCUGUUUACUUUCUAACCUCAAAUCAUUACGGCGGCAUUAACAGCGGCGAUGUCGGUAAACAUGGACGAACUCAGGCAUCAAGUAAUGAUCAAUCAGUUUGUUUUGACUGCUGGUUGUGCCGCUGACCAAGCUAAGCAGCUUCUCCAAGCGGCGCAUUGGCAAUUCGAGACUGCCUUGAGCUCCUUCUUCCAGGAGACGAAUAUCCCUGGCCACCAUCACCAGAUGAUGUGCACUCCCAGGAACACGCCGGCCACUCCGCCCAACUUCCCGGACGCCAUCGCCAUGUUCUCAGCGCUGCGUGCGUCCGACUCGUCCUACCCCUCCACUCCUCAGGGGGGCGCCAUGCCCAUGGCCUGCUCUCCUCCUCCUCCUCCUCCUCCAGCUCACGGCCCCGGGGGCUUCUUCUGGGCCUCGUCCCCCCCAGGGAACCACCACCACCACCACCACCACCACCACCCGCAGCCCGCCUGGCUCCCGCCGGCCUCCCCGCACGCGCACACACACUCACACGCACACACACACCUCCACGCACACGGCCACACACUCCACCUCCAGCAGCCGUCGUGGCCGCCGGUCAGCCAGCCGGGCCCCGCGCAGGCCGUGCCAAUCAUGUCCGCGCUGCACGGCCAGAGAUGAGAUGGACACGGGGUCACGGGUCAAGGGGUCAAGGGUCGGCUUGUGGGAAUGAUAAGCCAAGGUUUUUUUUUUUUGGGGGGGGGGGGGGGGGGUAUUUGGGUUUGUUUUCUCCUUUUUCUUUUUUCUCUUUUCAGUGAGGAUGAUUGGCCCACGACACUCGUUUUGAUUUCACUUUCUGGAAAAACUACAAAAUGUACAAUCUGUCUCUCUUUUUUCCCCUCUCUGGAGAAAGAGUGUGGUUCUCCUCUCCUUUUUUUUCCUUUCUCUUUUCUCUCGUCUCCAUCCUUUCGUUUUGGAGGAACCACUCAACCAGCAGAACAUGAGGAACUUUAGAACUGGGGGUGUGUCCAGUCACAAACCCCUUGGAGCCCGGAGGAUUCUGGGAAAUGUAGUCCUCAGCUCAGAGACUCAACCAGCAGUGAGGGGGGGCCGAGAGGCCUCAUUUCCAGCCUUGUGAUUGGCUGAUUUUAUUUUUCAUUUCCAUUGUCACCUGACGGUGUAGCAUCAUCUUGGCAACCAAGCCCAAAGGCAAUAAACAACGUGUGUGUGUGUGUGUGUGCGCAUGUGUGUGUGUGUGCGUGUGCGUGUGUGUUUGUUUUCAGUUUUCUCAUAAGAGGGUCAGGUGUAAGUGUAUUUUGUCAGGUGACAGAUGGAGAGAGGCCGGAUUUUCACAAACACACACACACACACACACACACACACACACACACACACACACACACACACACACACACACACACACUCACUCAGACAGAGGAGAAUGAGUAGGACCCCUCUCAACACACACACACACUCACAGAGACACAACUAUCUUUUGUUUCAUCUUUGUGCUUGCUCUCUCUUGUUUGAUGGACAGAAUAAAAACACUCGUCUUUGAUGGACAGAACACACUGUGGUCACACAUACACACACACACACACACACACAUACACACACACUGCCCCUGUGGUCUCACACACACACACACACACACACACACACUGACACUGCCACUGCCACUGUGGUCUCACACACACACACAUUGACACAGCCCCUGUGGACAAGGACACACACACACACACACACACUCACUGACACUGCCUCUGUGGUCUCGGGCAGACAGGGUUCUCCUUGAGGCUUCUGUGCACGCAUCUGGUGACCAUGGUGACCAUGAGAGAACUUCUCAUCAUUUGUCUGUUUGUUUGUUUGUUUGUUUGUUUAUUUUUUGGUGUGUGUGUAUGGGGGGAGGGGGGGGGUCAUCAUGGGAAAGGAAGUUCUCUGAUCACCCUGAGGCCAGGAAUGAUGCAAUGGUGAUGUCAUAUCCUGCCCGUGGAAACAGCUCCCAGAAUCCUUCCAAGUCUAGCCUGAUUUGAACUUUUUUUUUUUUUUAAGAAACAAACGAUCAAAGUUUUUAAUCUGUCUCUUCUCACAGCUCACUCUCUUUUGCCAUUUGUAUUUAUAUUUUUGGUGCAGGGAAAAUGAAAAAAAAAGACAAAUAUUUCAUCUGCGAAUGUGUGUGAGAUCAUUGUGUUUUUCUUCAAGCUCAUUAAAGGCUGGACAACUGGUGAUGAAA